AUGGAGAAUAAUCAUCAAGAUUAUGAAUCUGCGUACCAAUAUCCACCAGGUUAUCGAUUUGCACCAAAGGAUGAAGAGCUAAUCGCUGAGUACUUGGUCAAGAAGAUCAACAAUCAGCCGAUCCCCAUUGACGAAAUCAGAGUUGUCGAUUUUUACAAAUAUAAUCCUGAUACUUAUUCAGGUGGAUAUCCAACACUUGGAGAUAAUGAAUGGUAUUUUUUCACAUUGAGGAAUAAAAAAAACCCGAAAGGAUCGAGGCCCGAUCGGACGGCCAACAACGGAUACUGGAGGGCUACCACAGCAGAUACACCUAUUAAAAAUAUUGAUGGUGUCACUAUUGGAUCAAAGAGGUCUUUGAAUUUCUGGGAAGGAUUACAUCCAAAUAGGUCAAUUAAGACUGAUUGGAUUAUGCACGAAUUUAUUGCUGCUACUAAUAAUCAACAACCUUCUCGAAACAAAAGGGACAGAAACGACACGAAGUUUGACGAUUGGGCGUUGUGCCUCGCUGCACACGGCCGCCAAUUUGAUCAAGAAGUUCAACAAUUAGUUGCACCAGCACCAGCACCAGCAAAUCUACUUCCCGGUUUCGACAUUCGUGUGCAGUCAGAAAAUCUACUUGCACCAGCACCAGCACCACAGAAUCUACUUCCCGAUUUCGACAUUCGUGUGCAGUCAGAAAAUCUACUUGCACCAGCACCAGCACCACAGAAUCUACUUCCCGAUUUCGACAUUCGUGUGCAGUCAGAAAAUCUACUUGCACCAGCACCAGCACCACAGAAUCUACUUCCCGAUUUCGACAUUCAUGUGCCAGAAUAUCUACUUGCACCAGCACCAGCACCAGCACCAGCACCAGCACCACAGAAUCUACUUCUCGAUUUCGACAUUCAUGUGCCAGAAUAUCUACUUGCACCAGCACCAGCACCAGCACCAGCACCAGAGGGCGAGUUGCCGUCGGAUUUGGCAUUAUAUUGGAGUAGUAUAUUGGAGGGAUUACCGAUUGAAGAAGGAAAAGAACCCGCAAGAGAGGCGGCUGAUUUGCCGUCAGAAGAUUCAGCCAAGGAAUUUGCAAACGAUGAUGCGUUUUGGAGUAGCGUUUUGUAUGAUGAUGAAGAAGCUCAGGGCGAGGCUGCCUAUGCGGUCGCCGAAAAGACAGACAUUUAUAAGUUUUGA